UGUUUACCUGAUCCAUGUUUGUUUGGCACGUGUACGGAUCUCAUAAACGCAUACAUUUGUACAUGUGACCCUGGCUACACCGGUGUCAAUUGUGGACAGAAUAUCCAGGAGUGUUUUUCGAACCCUUGUCUCUUCGGAGUUUGUGUUGAUUUAGUCAACGCAUACCAGUGUGUUUGUGAGCCAGGCUACACAGGAACAAAUUGUGACAUAAACAUUAAUGAGUGUGCAUCAAACCCUUGUCAAAACGGUGGAACGUGCGUUGAUCUCGUGAACGGCUACCAGUGUCUGUGUACGUUUGGCUACGCCGGUACUGACUGCCAAGACG